AUGUCCAGGAAGUGGUUUAACUUGGAAGCUCAAACGGAUGAUGCUAUCUUCGGAGGUAAUCAAUCGGCUUAUUCAAGCUUGGGAUUGACGAGGACUCAGAGAUUAGGUGGAUUUGCAGCUUGUUAUGUUGGUGGUUUGGGUAUAUCCUUGUUGGGAGCUAUAUUAUUGUUCUUAGGUGCAACAGGAGCAUUUGCAACUCUUUUCGCAGUAGGAGCGAUCCUCUCCUUGGUCGGAACAGGAUUCUUGAUCGGUUUCAAAACGCAAUUAGAGAAAAUGUUCAAACCCGUUCGAGUCGUUGCGACCGUCCUGUUAUUCGCAGCGAUAGUCAUGACCUUCGUCAGUGCGUUCGUGUUGCCUGCUAUACUUUGUAUUGUCUUUGUGAUUGUUCAGUAUCUCGCUUUUCUAUGGUACUCGCUUUCGUAUAUCCCUUAUGCCCGAACUCUCGUCAAAAGCUGGGUUGGAAUGUAG